CCCAUCUAAGCACACACUUCCCCCCAGUAUCAUUCAUACCCAAAAAAUAAAUAUAUCCACCCCAAAAAACUGUUUUGGCUGCCCCACAAUGAUCGGGGGGCGUUUAGAGCGGCAGCUGGAGGCCGGCAGCCAAGAGGAUGUCGAAUCAGAGGCCACGCCCGCGGGUCCCAUGGUGGCCGAACCCUCAUCGAUGCACCUGCCCACCUAUGCCAGUCGCUAUACGGACAUACCGCGGCUCAAUCGCCUAAAGUUCAUUGCAAAAGUGUGCCCCAAGCUGCGAGUGCCAGCGCUCGAGCUGGCCAUCAAUCAUGUCAAGACCACAUACAAUGUGAAGCUCUACGACGAGCUCUACAAGACCCUGUGCGCGGCCAUUGACAAAAAGGAGGCACAGAUGGGCAUGCCAAAGGGUGAAGCGGCAGCCGCCGCCGCCAGCACAUCAAAGGACACGGCGGGCAAGAGAUCGGAUGCGGGAUAUAUCAAGCAAGGGCCUGUACCGUACGAUGCCUUCUGGGUGGAGGAUAACACCAUGGAGUCGACGCUGCUGCAGCAGGAGCUCGAUGCAGAGCUGAACUAUAAGAAGGCGAAUUCGGGCAGCGCCAAAGUGAGGCGCGUACUGGAGGAGAUCGGCGACUAUCAUCUGAAGAGCCAUAACCUGAAGAUGGCCGUGAAGUACUAUGCGAGGGCCAGGCAGUAUUGCACCAGCAGCGAUAAUGUCAUCAAUAUGUUUCGCAAUCUGAUUAGGGUGUCCAUUUACAUGGCAAAUUGGUGGCAUGUGCUCACCUACAUCGAGGAUGCCAAGAAGUAUGCCUUUGGCUUUGAGAAUCUCGCCGAAAAGGUGCCGCCGCGUCUGAACUGUGCCGCCGGGCUGGCCAACAUGGGCCUGAAAAUCUACAAAACGGCAGCGCAUUGCUUCCUGCUGACACCGUUCGAUCGUUAUGACUUUGAUAAUAUUGUGGCACCCGAGGAUGUUAGCUACUAUGCGGGGCUCUGUGCUUUGGCCACACUGGAUCCGGAGAUGCUGGAGCUGGGCGUCAUCAAUUCGGAGGGUUUUCGGCCAUUCUUUGAGCUGUCGCCGCAGGUCUUGUCCCUGUUGAGCACCUUCAACGCGGGCGACUGUGAUCACUGUCUGCUGCUGCUGCACCAAAUCGAGGAUCAUGUCAGAUUGGACUAUUAUAUGGCGCCGCAUUUGGACACGCUGUUUGGCAUGAUCAAGGCUAGGAUUCAAAAGAAAAGAGUGCCCGCUGCUCCCAUUGCGGGCAAAGUCACACAAAGAUUAAGGGUCGUAAACGAACGAAGAAUUAUGAAUUAAAUUUUGGGUUAAUUAACAACGCGGCUUGGGGUAGGGGAGGGGGUGAGG